GUAGUACUUAGUGACCUGGAGGCGUCAACCCGUCUUGUUCUUGUUGCUGGAAUUAAGGGUAUUAAUUAGUCUUAAUUAGGCCUCAUUUGCUGUUUCUAAAUAUGAUCAGAGAUUUGGUACUUCACUUCCAGAAGAGGUAAUUUUCAAAAUGAGACGGCACCCAUAGAAGAAAUUUGAAGACAGGCGUGCAAAAUGUUCAGCGAUUGGCCUUCAGAGCUGGUUCCUCAGCAGGGCUGGGGAGAUGAAGCUGCCAUUAGUGCUUUUAAGGAUGCUGUACCAUGGAGUGUUGGUCGUGAUUUUGUCGCUGGCACAGCAAAGCACUUAGCAAGCAGCUUGGGCCUCACCAAACCUGGUCCCCCCAUUAGGAGCAAGAUCAUUCAUGAUAAACAAUUGCAGGUUCUUAUGCCGGCCCUAGGCUAUGGUUUGAGCUUUCCACUCUCAGAAAUUGACAUCCUACGUGACUGUGUGAGUGUUUACUGUGAGUGGUUGUCGGCUCUGCUUCCCAACCCCAAGAGCAGUGUUCCAGCCCCCAUACUGAAUGAUCCAAACCACUAUGCAAGAAUCAUAAUAAAUCAUUUUUAUUAUCUUUUUGUACCAAGAGGAGCUCAAGGACCGGAUGUCAUCAACCGUCAGGCUGUAUUAUGCCAUCGUGUUCUGCGCACCUUGCAGAACAUUGCUCAAAACUCACCCUGUCUUAGUGAAGACACCUGGCAGACUCUGCUGUUGUUUCUUUUGCACAUCAAUUCUGCUCUUCUCUCACCACCUACUGUGAAAGUUGCAGAUGAGAGUGAGGGCGUUCCAAACUCCACUUUAGGUCUAAAGUUUACUGGAGAUGUGCCUGAGGAUGCUGGUGAACAAUUGUGUGAGAGGGUACUGAGUGUCUUGUUUGAGACAUGGCUACUGGCUUGUGCUAGGUGUUUCCCUCCCCCACCACUCUGGAAUGCACUGAGAGAGAGCUGUCAGCGUUGGCGCCAUCGUGGAGGAUUGAUUGAUCAGUGGAAUAGAAUAAACUUUGCACUUUCUGCAAAGCUUAUCAGUUUCAUGUAUGGACCUGCCUUUCCCCAAAUAAAGAUUUCCAGUGAAGAUGACCUGAAUAUUAUACCAGUCAACAUGAGUAGAGACUGCAUAGCACAAGUAUGGUAUCGCAUUUUACACAUCAUAGGGAAUCCUGUGGAUCUCAGUAGGCACACGGUCAUCAGUAAGACUCCAGCAUUCCUGAAGUAUGCAAUAUCAUCUGAGCUUGUGAUAGAGCCCAGCCAGCAUCCAUGUUUACAGAUGCUGCCUUCCAUCUUCCUGUCAGCAAUGAAAGGAGUUUCAGGAUUGGUUGAUGCUUUCUUGGGUGUUCCAAAUACUUCUCUGGAUAACUUGAACCAGAAAGGGAGACAGAUGUCAUCUUCAUCCUCCCUGUCUCUCUCUUCAGAUGGUAAAUCAGAUGAUGCUGGGCGUGUUUUGUCAAGUGGAAGGCCAAAGUGUAAUAGCCUUUUGCAUUUAUUUGGGCCGUGGCUGUUUGAAGCAGCAUUGAUCAAUUGCAAUUUACAAGCUAGCCCAGUUACUCAGCACAAAUCUGAUGGUGGUGGAGGUAGUGGCCCAGCUUCACGCAGACCUGUAUCAGUGUUUGGGAGUGAAAACAGUAGGAAGUCUAGUGAUUCGUCUGUGCCAGGAGAGUCACACACUGACCGCUUAGCACACCUCUCCCCUCAGCAUUUCCAGAGUGGGCGUGCAGAGGCUCUUGGUGCUCUUUGUAGAAUAUUUUGCUCGAAGAAGACUGGAGAAGAGAUUCUGCCUGUGUAUUUAGCUCGCUUUUAUUUGGCACUUCACCAAGGCCUACGUCAGAAUGAUGGCACAGUUGUAUCAUCCCAUCAUGACUCUAAUGCCAGCCAGUCCAAUCGUCAUGGAGUUAGGACUGGGACUUGUAGUGAGACAGCAGCAAGCAUAUUGGUGAAUGGGGUUGACCUUUUUCGGUUGGACUUGCAAGGUGUGGUGAGCUUGGUGCCAAGUGUCCUGGGAGUGUUAGAAUGUGUCCUUCCGGAGGGUGAACUUCGAGCUCCAAGUCACUUGCCCGUUACGCUGCUUCGCCGAGCUGCCACACACAUUCUUCUGUCCAUUCUUCCAUUACCUCUGCAUUUCCAGGGUCUACAAGUGAAGGAAGUUGGCAAUAACAGCAAUGAGAGGAUAACACUCUCACAUCUUCGCCCACAACUUGUCAACCUUCUCUCCAAUGCACUGCAAGUGGAGUCUGAUCCUGUCAACACGCAGAUGUUACUUGGUGGGCUACUGUUUUGUGUCCAAGAUGCUGCAUUUUGUGAAGUGAUGGAUUCCAUUUCUCAGCAUAAUUUCUCAACAGAGAGAGAUCACAACAUAAUGUCUUCAGGUGCCUCAGACACAGUUAGUUCGCAUGGUGACUAUAACAGCCUUCUUGACGAGAGCUGUGAGACCCUGCCAGAGGGGAGCCUCGGCCAGGUGGGCUCCUCGGGAUUCUCAAGUGCCGCCACAAGCCACGGUAAAAAAAUCAUGCACAGCUUUAGUGUUUACUUUUUAUGGGUGUCAUUAUCUUUUUUGUUGGGUUCAUGUGCUCCCAAUUUGUACGGGGUGAAUACUGAGUAUUGAAAAGGACAUUUAAUUUGAGCUGUUAUAUUUAUUAGCUUUCUGUGUACAUCACUCAUAUUUUCA